AUGCGUAAAUUAAGCAAUAUUUUCAAACGGAGAGAGAGUGAUGCCAAUCAUAAAUCAGGAACAAGACGAAAGAGCGAAAUUCACAAUGCAUCGGACGAUCAAGUGAUUAGCCUUAAUUCCUCUCAACAAGAUCUCAUUGGAGCUUCCGAAGAGGAACAAUAUCCAGAAAAUUUCGAUGAAGAAUUUAGGCAGUUCCUGGAGAAAACCUAUGGAAACACCAAUCAAUCUCAAGCCAUAGAAAAUCUCAUGCUUCUCCCGAAAAAGAAGAAGCUGGAAUUGCUGAAAUUACGGAAUAGUUCGUCAUCAUCGUCCUCGGAAAUCAAUCUAAUGUCUCAAUUGAACGAUGUUGUGGAGCAUAUCAAGCAACCAAAUUCCAUGCAGGGUCUUACUAAAUCGUUGCAACAUCUAAAAGUCAUGGUUGCUACUCAUGCCGAAAUUGAGGAAGGUUUCAUUCAGAGAGACGGCCUGGAGCUAUUAAUGAGGAUCUAUAGCAACACUCGUUUACAGUUUGAUCCGAGCAAUAAGAAUGUCAUGCAUACGAUCGAUCAUGCCAUGCUUCAGUUUGAUAUCAUUGUUCUUCUGAUUUUCAAUAUCACUCAAUUAUGCAAGAAUAAUGAGGGUCUUGAACGAUUUGUUCACUAUCCGAAUAGUAUUCUCGAGAUCACGAUGGGGCUUCAUGUCGAGAGUGAGGAAGCUCGUAAUUCCAUUUACUUUUUGCUCUCGAGUUUGUGUUUGUACAGAGAUGGCCAAUACUUUCAACAUAUUAUGGAAUGUGUUAAAAUGUUUUCAGAGACGGCUCGAGAGGAAAAGUUUUUCACUUUGGUUCAUCAUUUGAGAAGCUCGCCAAGCUUUAAAAGCAAGUACAUUAUUUUGGCCUUCAUUAAUAUUUUGAUGAGGCAAAGUCCAGCACAAGAAAGAAGGAAUGUGAAACAGCAAUUCAUAAGUGUUGGAGUUUUGAGUGAAGUGAGAAAUAUCGAGAAGGAUUUCCAGUCAUUUACAGCAGUUGCAGAUUCAAAAGUCCUCGAUGACAGCUACAAGUUAAAAAAUCAAGUGGAAAUAUUUAACGCUAUCAUGGAAGGUGAUUUUGAAGAGGAUGACAUUUUUGACGAAUUGAGGUGUGUCAUUGAGAGCUUGGAGAAUGAUCACCCAACUCGACCAUCAUCGAGUGGCAGUAUAGCCGAUGAUUUGAGAAUAGUUGUGGAAUGUAUGAUUGGGAAAUGUAAAGAGGAGAACACUGAAUGGAUUCGAGAGUGUAAAUCAAUUUUGAAAGGAGAGAUCUCGUUGAGAGUAUUGAUUGAUCGGGCCACCAUUUUACAGCAACAAAUUGAUAGUCAGAGCAAAGAAAUUUCCUUACUGCAUGAACGCCUUAAGCAAUUGGCGGUUGUGCAAAAACCAUACAUUACGACUUCUGAAAAGUCAGUCAAUACCACUAUGGAUGUUACGUGUCUGACAGAGAAUCCUCCAAAGAUGGAGAAUAAUGGUGUCAUGAGGGAUGCUCGAGCCAUUCCUCCACCUCCUUCAAUGGCUUUACCAGUUGUGACAGUUUCAUCAUCGACCAUUCCGCCUCCUUCAAAUGGCCAUGCCUCUUCUGUCAUUCCACCUCCACCUCCACCACUGAAUCCAAUACCCUCCUCGUCAUCCACGUCAAUGACUCCACCUCCACCUUCAACUUGUUGUUGGAGUAGUUCUUCAUCUAUUCCACCACCUCCUUCAGCCACAAGCAAUGUACCACCUCCUCCUCCAACAGCAUCAGUGGGAGCCGUUCCACCACCUCCACCAACUUCCUCACAUCAUGUUGGAGGCAACAUGACGAAUUUGCCACCACCUCCACCACUGCACGCCGCUGGCAUGAUGAGCAUCCCACCACCUUCGGUCUUUCCUUCGAUGAAUUCAAAAAGUUUGCCAGAGCUGCCCACCAAAAGAGCAACCAUACCAACUAAGGACUUGCGACUUUCAAAGUUAGAAGAUGCUCGAUUACAAAAAUCAAUGUGGAUGAAAAAUAACCUUCAUGCCAAACUGUUUGAGGUCGAGUUACCUGAAAAAGAGUUGGAAGAAAUGUUUUCCAACCAAACUAAACCUGUCACUCUUGCUUCUUCAUCAAGUAAUGAUUUGAUCAAAAAGAAAGAAGAAACAGUUAGCAUUUUGGAAGGACCACGACUUCAAAAUGUUUCCAUUUUCAUCAAAUACUUAAAAAUGCCUGCAACAGAAUUGGUAAGCAAGUUGUUAGAAAUAUCCAAUGAUUUUUCAGAGGAAAUGCUCUCAAAACUAUUGACCAAUGCACCAACGGAGGACGAAAUCCAGCGUCUCAAGGAUUAUGAAGGUGAUGAGAGUGCUUUAAAUGCAGCUGACAAAUAUUUGAGAGAGCUCACUACGGUACCACGACUUCAGAGCAGAUUGCAAUGCUGGAUUUUCAAGUUGAAAUACCCAGAAACAAAAGCCUCUAUCUCUCCAGAUAUGAAUCUCAUCAAUUCUACAUGCCAAAUGAUUAUGAAAUCAUCAUAUUUGCAAGAAAUAUUUGUCUUGAUAUUAGCAGUCAACAAUUAUUUAAGCAAGAAGGGAAUGUAUGGAUUUAAAAUUGCCUCUCUUUCCAAACUUAAAGAAACCAGAGGCAACGAGAAGAACAUAACUGCGUUGGAUAUGGUUGCCAAAAUGGUAUUGGAAAAGAAACCAGAAAUUUUCGCUCUGAAAGACGAAAUUUCAAUGAUUGAGUCUGCGUCUCGUAUUGACCUGGUCGAUCUCUCUGAAAAAAUUGACACCAUGGAAAAGAGUAUUAACAAAUUAUCUCAAGAACUGGCAAAAGCCUCAACGGAUGAAAAUAUCCCCACAAAGGAUCGUUUCAAAGAGGUGUUCGAGCCAUUCUAUGAAGAUGCUAGGAGUGAAUUGGUAAAAAUUAAGGACACAUACUUUUCGAUGAGCCAAACACUUCAAGAUUUGGCAGAAUAUCUCGGAGAAGAACCUUCGAGUGUGAAAAAGAAUCCUUCUGAAGCAUUCCUUCAACUGUCAAGCUUCUUUAAAGACCUCUUUAAAUCGGUGGAGAAUAUCAAGAAGGACCAGGAAAAGAAAAGAAAAUUGCCACAGAGUACUACUAAUAGCAAACCACCAACCUCUACCAAUAGUGGUCAAAGUUCAAAGGACACUAUUGAAAUGACCUCUGCCUCCCCCUCACAUGAUCCACAGUUGGUGUCUAUCGAUAGUAAUAAUACUAGUACCGAGAGUGACAAUGCAAAUGCCUUACCCACCAUGGUGAGCUCUCUCAAAGUGCCUUAUCAUAACAGAGAGCGAACCAAGUCAAUUUUAAGCUCCAUCGAGAAAUCCAUUUACGAAGGAAAUGGAGUGUUAUCUCCUGGAAAGAAGAAACGUGUGUACGGAGGAGGUGGUAUUGGAGGAGCAACAAAUAACAAUCCAAGUUCCAUCAUGUUGGUAGGAGAGCUGAAUAAUGCGCUCAUAUCUAGAAAGAAAGAAUAA